AUGUAUCUCACUUCAGUCGUCGUGAUGAUCUACUUGCUGGUGUUCAUUUACCGCAAUCGGAACGCAAGUCUUGAGGCAGUUGAGAAAGGUGAUUUGUCCGCACCUAGGAUCUUGUUCUCGCUGCGAGGCGAACCAGUCAGUUUGUAUCUGCGAAUCGGACUAUGCAUUUUCGCAGCCAUGACUAUUGUUUUCGCAGUGUGUCGUGGGAUCGAAGUCGCCAUAACUGGAAAAGAGCACCUACGAAUAAUUGUAUACACCUUCAGCAAAAUCCUGUUUAUCAUUGUACAGCCCAUCUUUUUAUUGUGGCUACACAGACUCGUCGUGUUGGCCAACGUGCGGGCUUUCAGCUUCCUCCUGCUUCACCUGCUCACAGUGAACCUGUGUAUUUGGGUCAGCUCCGCUGUUGAAAAGGUGUCCAGUACCAUGAUCGAUGAAACGCAUAAUUCCAAAGCUAUAACACAUGAAAAAUUGGUCAAGAUCAGCGGAUAUUUUUUACCCGCAAUCCCAGAAUACUGUGCUAUCGCUGCCGCGGUCAUCUACGAGAUGUGUCAGCGGGUUGGUCAGCUAAAACAAGUCGAAGCACACCAUCACCGCAGCGAAGAGCCCGGUGACAAACGAGGUGUACGUCACUACUUUGGAUUGAUGUUUGGUGUCGCACUUCCCAUCCUUGUUCUCAUAGUGGUCUUGUUCCUGGAAAAUGGAGGAACAAAAAUCCAUAACUCCCGUUAUAUUAUUCACCUGACCGAAAUGAGUGGAAUCCACUUGAUCGCCUUGGUUCUCUGUGUAACUGGUAUCCUACUGGUACGGCGUCUCAAAUUCUCGGUCAACUUUGCCAAAAACAAUUUGGAUGAAAAGCUCCUGCUCAUAACGUUCUUUUUGACAUUGAAUUUCUUUGUCGCUUCCAUUGUGUUGUGCGUGGUCUAUCUGAGCAGCGAUAAGACGACAGGAGGGGAAGAAGCAUACCUGUAUGCGCAUUUGUUCAGUUUGCUACUAGAGCUACUCCAAGUAAUUGUGCAGACUUACUUCAUUCACGAUAUGUUCUACCGAUGCUGCCAUCAUGAAGCGUACAAACAGAGUAAACCUGGGCGUUUAGUGAUUGCUAUUUUGUCCUCGCUGAACUUUUCCCUAUGGAUGAUUUAUAGCUUUCAGGUCAAACACAACAGUGUCCUAUUCAAAAAGGGUGGAGAAAGCAUUAACGGCGCAGAUCUCAAAGGACUGUACAUAUUCACACGGGUCGUUCUUCCUAUGGUCAUGCUAUUUCGCUAUCACAGCAGUGUCUGCUUGGCUAUUUCAUUUGUACGCAUUUACGAAGACGAAGUGACUCGAUACGAAAGCUCUCUCCGAUGGAUCAAACAGGGUACAACCAAGGAUUUUCUGCAGAAGCAACGAUUAAGUUUGGCUGACAUUUGGGGAAUGGCCGACGGGAUAUCACAAAUUUCCGAAGUUGUCGUCCCGCCAAAACCUACAUCCGAUGGCUCUGAGACGGUGCAGUCAAGUCACUUUUCGACCACUGUGGACGGCGAUGUCUUUAAGAGUCAAGAAGAACUUGUACGAACACAGGAACGCGGGCGAAGGGAUACCCAGAUGAACUGGGAGUUGGCCAAGUUACGUGUAGCCAAAAGUGAAAGAGGUCAUCGAAUGGCUGAGAGUAAGCUGCAAAAACAGCGAAUUUUACACAAUCCAUUUAUUGCGUGUAUGAGCGAUAAGGGGGCUGGUGGCAAAGUCUAUCCAAAAGGACUAGAACCCUUUACAAAUUCUCUCAACGUUGUAAAAGAGGAAGUUCCGGCAAAGCAACUAACACCCCAACCAAUUCGACGCGACACUCAGACAAACUGGGAAAUGGCACGACUACGCGUUGCUGCCUCCGAGGCCGUCCACCGACAGGCUAAGUUGAAAUUGGAUCAGCGACAGUUGGGUGAUCAUUCACCGCAAAAUGGUCUGAAGGAUAUUGUUGAAGAGUAG